AAAAACACUCAGCCUAGACGUUUAAAAAGCGAACGCCGGCCGACGGGCCAAGCACAGUUUUUUCACGAUGAUAUACAGAACGAUCAUACUUUACGUCGCCGUCCAGUCGGUCGUCGUCGCGUCGCCGACCGCCAGCCAACACAGCGAAUUGAUGAUCGGAACGUUUCACCACCCGACGCAGGCAUCUAAAGCUCGUGGCAUACCGGAAAUGGGUAAACUUCCCAAGACGUCGGCCUCAUCGAAAAAGCUUCCGGCCGGAGGAACCGUCAAAUUCACUACUACUGGAAAUAAUCGCUCAUUACGCAACAGUCAUAUUUCCGCCAAAGACGGGUAUCAACUGUCUAAGCCACAUUCAAACCAUAUUCGCUUGGAAGAUUUGCACCAGAAAUCACGGCCGCAGAUAUCGAACGACGAAAGGGCUGAGAAGGUUAACUCAGACUUGGAGAAAAUGAUACAGUUCAUGACAGUGCUGGGCCAAGUCGACCGGUAUUUGUCGGCCAGAGCCAAGUCAUUUAUUAGCACGCUUGGCCGAGCAAUGGACAACAGUCUUGACGAUCGUCAAUUUUACAACGAUAAAGAAAUGUCGUCUUACGAUUAUUGAAUAUUUAUUAUUUUAAUUAUAUUUUGCAUGUUCUAUAUUUA